AAUGAUGGGGUGGAAAAUCUAAUUCCCCAAGUAAGCCUCGUACUUGGUCCCUCCUCCGAACAAAGCGCAGGGGGAAAGUAAACUAUCCCUUUCCCUUGUCUCUUUCUGUCUACUUGCUCUUCACUGUUCUACCCAUCGUUGGUGUCGUCAACAGGAGAUCAUGUUCUGAAGAACUAGACUUGGCUUCAGUUUUCCUAUGGUGUUGAGAUGAAUUAACUGGUAUAGAUACUUAUCUGAUCACAAACCCAAUUGGAGUUGAAAUUUCAGUUUCUGUCCAGUAUCUGAAUUUUGAGAAUUAGGGUUUGGGGAUUGUGUUCACAGAAUGAAUAAUUCCGGUUUGGGGGGUGGUUUUUUGGCUGGUCCCAGUGGUGGGAUUUUGGACCUGGAAUCGCCGUUCCGUAGGCACCAACAGACCCAGUUGGGUCAUCCAUCGGUGACUGGUCAACAGCACAUGAAUGUUAUGAGUGGUUUGGAUAAUGAUCACCCAAUUGGCCUGGUUGAAGUGAAAAGUUUGAAUGCGGCGUUGAAUUUCGGUAAAGGGAAGGCGGUUGCUCUUUGUAAUCAUGUCAAUAUUAAUGAUCUCAGCGAAGAUGAUGAGCUGGGUUAUGCGGAAGACGGGAAUUGCGAGCACUUGGAUGGGGGCAAGAGCAAAAAGGGGUCUACGUGGCAGCGAAUGAAGUGGACAGACAACAUAGUUGGGCUUCUUGUAGCUGUGGUGAGCUGUGUGGAUGAUGAUGGCACGAUUGGUGCUGGCAUGGAACGUGUUAAAAGGAAAUAUGGGGCUUUACAAAAGAAGGGCAAGUGGAAAACGGUCUCCAAGAUAAUGAUAAGCAAGGGUUGCCAUGUUUCGCCCCAGCAAUGUGAGGACAAAUUCAAUGACUUGAAUAAGAGAUACAAGAGGUUAAAUGAAAUACUUGGAAGGGGAACUUGUUGCCAAGUGGUUGAGAAUCCUGCACUGCUUGAUUCAAUGCCGAACUUGUCAGCUAAGAUGAAGGAUGCUGUUAGAAAGAUACUGAGCUCAAAACACUUAUUUUAUAAGGAGAUGUGUGCCUACCACAAUGGGCAAAGGUUACCAAAUUCCUAUGAUCUUGACUUACAUGGUUAUUCUCUGGAACAUGGGAGGGACUCUAGAGAUAAUAAUGGUUCUGAAGACGAAGCUGAGGAUAACAAUGAAAGCGAGGAUGAUGGGGUGGAUAAUGAAAUUAAUAUCAAUGCACGUGGGGACGGUGGGAGGAUGGAGGAGUUAUGCGAUAGAAAUAAACAGAGUGAGGAGGAUGGUCACUUUUGGCCACGAUCUGUUCGGAUGGAUAAAUUUCAGGUUGAAAUGGACAAGAUUUUUCAAGACCCUGCAAAGCCAUUGUGGGAACAAAGAGAGUGGAUUAAGAUGCAGCUGUUGCAGCUUCAAGAGGAAAAUGUCGGUUACCAAGCCCAAGCUCUUGAACUUGAAAAACAACGGUUUAAGUGGUUAAGAUACUGCAGCAAGAAGGACAGGGAGCUGGAGAAAUUGAGGUUGGAGAACAAGAAGAUGAAAUUGGAAAAUGAGCACAGGAUCUUGAAACUCAAGCAGAAAGAGCACGAGACAGAUUGCAACAGGUCUGAGAUGUCCUUAGACCCUGCCUCUCAUGGAAUCAACAGGCCGCAAAGGAGGGAACAUAUCAACCUGGCCAGACAACAGUAGCUCCAGCACAGAAAGGAUUGAUCUUCAUUGUUUAAAUAAUGUAUGAAAUGAAACCUUCUUGUUUAAACUGUUAGGCCAACAUAGUAGGUUAUAUAUUUAGGAUUGCAUUGAUCUUGAAAAUGAAUCAUGUAUUAAAUUAUUCUGGGGUUUUUAGUUAUACAAGUGGACAUUUUCCCU